GGGAUUACUUUGAAGGGGACAAAAUAGAUAUUCAUGAAUAAAUAAAUAAUUUUUGAAAAAACACAAAAUUCGCGAUACUUUUUGAACACACCUCGUAUAGCACUUAUACGACGAACCAGUUAUGUUUUGAUAACUCACAGUAGCCUCGCAGUGACAUCGUAAAUUACACGUGACUCUGUGAGCAAAUUGUAACAUCACUAUAAAGUUUUUUGCUAUAAGAGUACACAUUCUAUUAAACAUUUCUAUUACAGGUAUUAGAAUAUAAUGUGCCAGGAGGAAAACAAUUUAGAGCAUUAAUUUUAAUACAUGCAUAUCAGUUAUUGGCAAAUGAACAACCCACAAAAGAAAAUAUUCGUCUAGCACGGAUUUUAGCAUGGUGUGGGGAACUGAUUCAAGCUGCUGGUCUCAUGAUUGACGAUAUUCAAGACAAAUCAGUACUUCAUCGAGGACAACCAUGUUGGUAUCUAAACGAUAAUGUAGGGUUGUCGGUAAUAACUGAUGCUCUAAAAUUGAAAAAUUCUGUAUAUUAUAUACUACAAAAGUAUUUCAAAGGGAAAACCUGCUAUGUUAAUCUACUAGAAACAUUCCAUAAUAUCAUAUUAAAAACAUUAGAUGGCCAAAUAUUAGAUCUACAGUUGUCUAAAAAUUUUAGCAAGAAGCUAAAUCUGAACUUAUUCACAAUGGAUCAAUACAAGUGUAUUGUCAGGAACAAAACGUCGUAUUAUUCAUUUGUUUGUCCAGUAUUCCUAGCAAUGAAUUUAGCUGGAAUAAAAGACCCAGAAAAGUUUAAGCAAGCAGAAACGAUUUUAUUGGAAAUUGGACAUUUAUUCCAAGUCCAAGGUGACUUUUUGGAUUUCUUUGGAGAUUCAGAAGCCAUUGGCAAAGAUAGCACUGAUAUACAGCAAGGAAAAUGUACGUGGUUUAUCGUAAUGGCUCUUCAACGCGCGACUCCGGAACAGCGUGAAAUUUUAGAAGUGAGUACCAUUGGUUUAAUGCACUAUUUCAUCACUCUGUUAUAUAAAUUCUUUUCUUUCUUUACGCAGGAGUGUUACGGAUUUUCGGAUCCGGAAAAGGUUAAAUGCGUGAAACAACUGUUUAACGAUUUAGAUUUACAUAAAGUAUGUAUAUCGUACACAGAACAGGCAUUUAAUCUAUUACGUGAACGUAUACAGGAAAUGUCAUGUGGGCUCCCGCAUUGUUUUUUCUUGGACAUAUUAAACAUACUUUAUCGCAGAAGAUCAUAAAACAAUCGUGUAUAUUAAAGAAAGAGAAAAAUAUGUUAAUAUUUUAUCAAUGUAUAUUUUAUAUAUACAUAUACAAUAUAGAUACUUAUGGAGGAUAGCAUCCGAGCAUGCAUGCAAAAUUUCAAAUUCUACAUUCUUUUUUCUUUAAAAAACUCGAUAUCAAUUUAUAUAAAUUUCUGCGGCGCUCUGGUGGGAUCACCAUAGAUUGAUAGACUGAGUCAAAGAUAAAGCCUAAAUAUCUGCACUUUUGUGAGGGUAAAAGUUGAGAUUUAGAGUAAUUAAUAAAGAGUCCCAGCGAGGAUAACAAUUCAAUUGAGGCGUCUAGAUUAUCUAGACAGUCUUUUUUUGAAGAGCCUGUAAUCAGAAGAUCAUCCAAAUAGAUGACUGAACAGUAUCCUUUUGCCUUUAGAUGGGCAACUACUGGACGUAGAAUUUUUGUGAAAAUGAAAGGGGCUGUAAAUAAGCUAAAAGGGAGAAAUGUAAAUUCGUAAGUUCUUCUUCGCUAUUGGAAGCGGAGAAAAUGACGAUAUUUUUGAGCUACAGAGACUAGCAGAUAAGCGUCUUCUAGAUUAAAACUCAUCCAGGAAUCCUGGAUCAUAAGUUAGACUACUGUACGCCAGUCUUCUAGCUAAAACUGCUGUGGACAAAGGAAGGUAUUGGUAUUGAGGUUCUUAAGGUUCAGUAUAAACCUCAUCCCUCCUGACGAUUUUUUGAUUAAGAAACUCUUUGAUUAAGAAAAAAUUGGACAAAAAUUGAUUUUCAGAUAAAGAUGUAGCCACUAUAGCUCCUUUAUCUACUAGUCGCAAAAUUUCCUUGUCGCAUAAUUCCGCCAUAGCGGAUGAGAAGUUGGGUUCCUGCAAAUAUGCGCGGGGAGGUAGGGGGUAAGCAAACGGAAUGUGCAAACGGUAACCCUCAAUAGCUCAAAGAACCUUGGAGUCCUUUGUUAUUUCCUUCCAUUUAUGAAGGAACAAAGACAGACGUCCUGCCGACCUUACUUGUACUAGCAGCGCGUUCGGGAUCUGGAACGACGAACUCGGCUGUGGCUCGUUGGUUGCUUCGCCCAUGUCUGGCAAACCGAAGAUGAGAUCCGUUGCACAGGGACCUUGUAGUUUAACGGCUUCUGCUGAGAAGCGUGUUGCCGUAUUGGUUAAUUACUAGCCUUAACUAUCUUUGGCUGGGCAAAGGUAGACUUCGAUAUCAGCCGCCCUGUUUUCUCGCUUGAACUGCCUUCAAGUCUUCUGCGAAAUUAGCUCCAAACAGCCAGUCGUCGACCUUGGAUGAAUCCGCUGCCGAUUUACCGACAAAAGUCAGACAAGGUUUUAUAUACGCCUGUCUGGCUAGGAAUAGACGAAACUGUAAAUCCGCUAUAAGGUGAAGUCCCUCUGUUAACUUUGAAAUAAUAUUUUUCAAUUAGUCGUUUUGGGGGGUAGGUUAGCUUGAUGUAGUUUCAGAAGGUCGGUUAUACCAAAGCGUUCUGAAACUAAAUGCGUUCAAGCAGGCCCCUAGCUGAAUUUGCCUGUUGAAUUGAAACUUGUCUCUUUUUAGAAGAGACUGUUGCUUGCCGAUGACUGCCUUCAGUUCAUUGUUGAUUUUUGGCGGGCCUAGACUCAGAAGGUCGCCCUUGAGCUCAUAUUUUGACAGCAUAUAUUGGCGCAGCUCUUCUUUCAGCCUUAACAAAGUCUCAGAUCUUGUAGACGCAAGAAUGAUAGGAUCCCAUUUUGAGUUGUCUGUCGAGCCUUGCUCUUCGCCAAACAAUUUGUUAACCAGAGAGGUUAUCUCACCUUCCUCCAGGUUGGCUUCCUCCUGAGGCUCCUCCGAGAUGAAAAAUACAACUCUGUGACCGUUAGGCACAUUAGUUACCUGAGUUUCUAGUAAGAAAAAAAAAGAGCAAAUGAGAUUUAGAUGAGACAAUCGACUAUAUUUUCUCUUCGCCUUAACGAGAAAAUAUACCUUUUUUUUUUUUUUU